AUGACAGACCAAAUCCUCGUCGGCAAGACAUGUCUCGUUACCGGUGGUGCCGGUGGUCUUGGAAAAGCCAUUGCCACCAAAUAUCUCCAAGCUGGCGCCAAUAUGGUGAUUUGCGAUGUCAAUGAAGAGCGUCUGCAGCAGACUUCGACGGAGCUGUCGCCUAUGGGACCUUUCAAGGCCAUCAAGACAGAUAUCACCAGCCAAAGUGAAGUGGAGAGUCUAUUUGAGCAGAUUGGCAAGAUUGAUGUUCUUGUUAACUCUACGAACGUGCGAGAUGUAACUAAGCUGGCUCUUCGCAACAUGCUGGAGCAAGAGAAGCCCGAGGGUCGAAUUAUCAAUAUUGUUUCCGUCGCUGGAAAGGCGGGCGGUGCUGCUGAUACUGCCGCCUUCUAUGGCGACAAGGGUAUUCGCUGCAAUGCUUUGAUGAUGGGUGGUAUGCAGACCAACAUUUCUGAUGCAAUGGCGUCGAGCUUCAAUAUGGAGGGUAUGAAGAGAGCCACUGCCGUUAUACAAGCGCUUAAGAUUCCUCUUUGCGAGCUGGAGGAAGCUACUGAGUUUUCUUUGCAUCUGGCUGGUCGUAAGGGAUUCGGCAUUGUGAACGGAACUUGUAUUGCGGCUGACAACGGCUGGACCGCUAUGACUGGUUAA